GCCUGGCUCCCCGUGGAGCAGCCUGGCUGAAGCAGCAGCCACUCGCACCGUGGGGAGAGCCUGAGCUCCACCUCAGCUGCGGGAGGGGCAAGGUGUGCCUGAUCCCUCGGGUCGGGGCUAGCUGGAGAAGUGAGAGAGGAGGUGAAAAAAGAAAAGCAGCUUUAAAUGGCAAGACUGAGCCUGUAGCAUGUGGCCAGCAUGUGCCAUACAGGCUUCAGGAGGCAGCAGGGGCGCAUGCGAGAGGCUCCAGCUGGGCAGCAGCCGAGAGGAGAAGAGGUGUUGCAGGAUGGGGCACUCCCAGGCACCUGCGGGCAGGAGGCGUCUGCAGGUGCACAGGGCACGUCCGGCAGUCCUGUCUCACCCUGCAGCAAGCUCAGCCCGGAGCUCAGGACUGCUUCGUUGGAGAAAUCCCUACGUGUAUGGGACCUCUCAUCUCCCUCACACCUUCUCUGAAGAUGCCUGUGUUCCUGCAUUUCAGUGCUUCACUACCCAAAACGACUUCUCGCUUCCAUUAUCCUGCCCAGCUUCCCUUUCUAUCACUCCAGUGCCUUCUUACAGCAGUAGCAGCCAAGAAACUUUGAGUCAGGACUCUACAGGUAUAAGCUUAUCUAUUCAUGGGGCUGCAAAGCGUGAGCCAAUCUGUCAGAGGAGAACUGCAGCGAGCUACCCAGUGUCACCGCGGCCGCCCGCGGACGGGCAUCCUUCACUCCCACGAGUCAGAAGGCCAAUAAAAAUGGAAGCCUCAUCUUCUGGAUCCAGUAUUUCUGGAGUCACUGGUGGAAAAACAAAAACCCAUCAGCCAGAAGGAAGAGAGGAUUUGCAGGUUAACCGGCUGGAGACGCAAAUAUGGAUAAAGCCAGACAUACAGAAGACAGAUGUGGACUUUUCAGAAAUUCUUAAUGCAAUACAAGAAAUAGCUAAGGAUGUCAACAUUUUUUUUGAUGAGUUAGAAGGUGUGAACAGCCCUUCCAAAGAUGAUGACUCCUUGCUUCACCAUGGUAACUUGACCAGUACCUCUGAUGAUGCCAGCAGGUUAGAAGUUGUGGGAGAGGAAGUACCUGAUAAGAACAAAACCAAUGGACUGUAUUUUAGAGAUGGAAAAUGUCGGAUUGACUACAUCCUGGUGUAUAGAAAAUCCAAUCCACAGACAGAAAAGAGAGAAGUAUUUGAGAGAAAUAUCAGAGCAGAAGGACUUCAAAUGGAAAAAGAGUCAUCUCUAACAAACAGUGACAUCAUCUUCGUGAAGCUGCAUGCCCCUUGGGAGGUCCUGGGCAAAUAUGCUGAACUAAUGAAUGUAAGAAUGCCUUUCAGGCCCUUUAACCCCUUCAAUGCUGGAGCCCCCUGCAUACUUGUGCGCUGCUGUUUUUUAAAUGGACAUUUCAUUGAAAUCAAUGGGAGGUCGAGAAGAUCCAGGAGAAAAAUCUAUUACCUGCACCGCCGAUACAAGUUCAUGAAUAGGAUCGAGAAACAAAUAAGCAGGUUUCGAGGAUGGUUGCCUAGAAAGCCAAUGAGACUGGACAAGGAGACACUGCCAGAUCUGGAGGAGAAUGACUGCUAUACUGCUCCAUUCAGCCAACAAAGAAUCCACCACUUCAUCAUACACAACAAAGAUACUUUCUUCAAUAAUGCUACAAGAAGUAGAAUUGUGCACCAUAUCUUACAGCGAGUGAAAUAUGAAGAAGGCAAGAACAAAAUUGGUCUGAAUCGAUUGCUCAGUAAUGGCUCCUACGAAGCUGCAUUUCCUCUUCAUGAGGGAAGUUACAGAAGCAAGAACUCAAUAAAAACCCACGGGGCAGAAAACCACAGACACCUGCUCUACGAGUGCUGGGCUUCCUGGGGAGUGUGGUAUAAAUACCAGCCACUGGAUCUUGUGAGGCGGUACUUUGGUGAGAAAAUUGGGCUGUACUUUGCCUGGCUAGGCUGGUACACAGGGAUGCUCUUCCCAGCUGCCUUCAUUGGAUUAUUUGUCUUCUUGUAUGGAGUCACCACUUUGAAUCACUGCCAAGUCAGUAAAGAAGUCUGCCAAGCUACAGAUAUCAUCAUGUGUCCUAUAUGUGAUAAAUACUGUCCCUUCAUGAGGUUGUCAGACAGCUGUGUUUAUGCCAAGGUAACCCACCUUUUUGACAAUGGAGCUACUGUCUUCUUUGCUGUUUUCAUGGCAGUCUGGGCAACUGUUUUUCUGGAGUUUUGGAAAAGAAGGCGAGCAGUGAUUGCUUAUGACUGGGACUUGAUAGACUGGGAAGAAGAGGAGGAGGAAAUACGUCCGCAGUUCGAAGCCAAGUACUCCAAGAAGGAAAGAAUGAACCCCAUAUCUGGGAAGCCAGAGCCUUACCAAGCAUUUGCAGAUAAAUGCAGCAGACUCAUUGUUUCUGCAUCUGGAAUAUUUUUUAUGAUCUGUGUGGUGAUUGCUGCUGUUUUUGGCAUUGUUAUUUACCGUGUUGUGACUGUCAGCACUUUUGCUGCCUUUAAGUGGGCUUUAAUCAGGAAUAACUCUCAGGUUGCCACUACAGGAACUGCAGUCUGCAUCAACUUUUGCAUCAUCAUGCUGCUGAACGUGCUCUAUGAGAAGGUUGCUCUUUUCCUGACAAAUUUAGAGCAGCCUCGGACCGAAUCCGAGUGGGAGAACAGCUUCACUCUGAAAAUGUUUCUUUUCCAGUUUGUCAACCUGAACAGCUCUACCUUUUAUAUAGCAUUCUUCCUUGGAAGAUUUACAGGACACCCUGGUGCCUACUUAAGGCUGAUAAACCGGUGGAGACUGGAAGAGUGCCACCCUAGUGGAUGCCUUAUUGAUCUCUGUAUGCAGAUGGGCAUUAUAAUGGUGUUAAAGCAGACCUGGAAUAAUUUCAUGGAACUGGGCUACCCGCUCAUUCAGAACUGGUGGACUAGGAGGAAGCUUCGGCAAGAGUAUGGCACACAGAGUAAAACAAGCUUCCCACAGUGGGAAAAGGACUACAACCUGCAACCUAUGAAUGCUUAUGGACUCUUUGAUGAAUACCUGGAGAUGAUUCUCCAGUUUGGAUUCACAACCAUUUUCGUGGCAGCUUUUCCACUGGCACCACUUCUGGCCUUACUUAACAAUAUCAUUGAAAUUCGGCUUGAUGCCUACAAAUUUGUCACCCAGUGGAGAAGACCUUUAGCUUCAAGAGCCAAAGAUAUAGGAAUCUGGUAUGGCAUCCUGGAAGGCAUUGGGAUUCUCUCUGUCAUCACAAAUGCGUUUGUUAUAGCUGUGACAUCAGAUUUCAUCCCUCGCCUGGUUUACGCUUACAAGUAUGGACCUUGUGCUGGCCAAGGAGAAGCUGGACAAAAGUGUAUGGUUGGGUAUGUUAAUGCCAGUUUGUCAGUGUUUCUGGUGUCUGACUUUGAGAACCGCUCAGAGCCAACCUCAAAUGGAAGUGAAUUCUCUGGGUCACCAUUAAAAUAUUGCAGGUACAGGGACUACCGAGACCCUCCCCACUCCCCGGUGCCCUACGGUUACACGCUGCAGUUCUGGCACGUCCUAGCGGCACGGUUGGCAUUCAUCAUCGUGUUUGAGCACCUUGUCUUUUGCAUAAAGCACCUGAUCUCCUACUUAAUCCCAGACCUGCCAAAGGAUCUGAGAGAUCGGAUGAGGAGAGAGAAGUACCUGAUCCAGGAGAUGAUGUAUGAAGCUGAACUGGAACGUCUGCAGAAGGAGCGAAAGGAGAGGAAGAAGAAUGGGAAGUCUUACCACAACGAGUGGCCGUGACGGGCAAGGAACCUCCUCCAGUAGCGACCUACAUGAAGAGGAUAAAUGGCACAGCAGCUCCCACCUACCAUGUGCUCCUGGCCCAAGCUUGAAGGUCCAAUAAGGCAACAUAAACACGGAGGGAAUUUCAGGAUCAAUCUAUUGACUCAGUGCCAAACUGAGUGGGGACCACAGCUAGUGGCUGUGGGCUGUAUUGCUGCCUAAGGAGGAAGUGAAGUUGUUCAUCUUUGCUUCAGCUUACAAGAGCAUCUGUGGAAACAGUCCAUGUAGGCAGUGGAAAUGGGGGGAGGCUUCUCUUGCUGUGGAUAGGAGGUGAGGGUUAGGCAACAUCACCCUCUGAUACACCCAUGCCAAACAGGUUAGUAUUUGCCAUCCACCUAGGGGUGUCUACUGCGCUUGCGCUCUGGGCACUCUAAGGCAGGAUGGCUGUGCAACGUCACGCUCAGACCAAACUCAGCAGAGCACUUGGCUGCGUUUGCAUAGCCCCUGUUUAGUACCUAACAGGGCAGGUGACAAGAGCUUAGAAACUGUUUGCUAAGUAGCAAAGCGAGACGUGAGUUCUGCAUAAAAUCAGUGCCACCCACACCAGUGCGAAACUGCAGACUCCCGCAGGAAGAUGCAGCAGCUCUGUUGGUGUGGAUCUCAAGAACUUCCAAGAGCUGAACUAAAGCCUGGUAGAGGACAAACUGACUUCCACUCCAGAAGUGUAAUGUGCCAAACCAAACCAGGUGCAGCAGAAAUGCAACAGACAAGAACGGCUUUGGAGACUCGUGUUCAAGCACAGCUACACGGUGAUGCAUUUUCAGGACAAUACAACACUGGAAGGUGUCUCCCAUUCUGCUCUACACAAGAACAUGAGCUGGCUGCUUACCAAGCUUAUGCUGAGCGUGACGCUGGAAGGGGCUCUGACCUACCCCGACCAAUCCUGAGUAGAUUUCUGUCUCUUCCUAUUGACCACUCAAGCCACCGAGGUUUCCGUGCUGCUGGUCUGCUGAACAGGUUUUCCUGGAAUCACUUGGGACAGGUGACCCCUUUUAAUUUAUUUGAUACAUUAGAAAGACAUGAUACAAAUAAUAGGCUGAUAGUAAAUGAUGAUCUCUAGAUAGCAAAUUGAUGCCACCCCCUGCUUACUGAUCUGAUGAGAGGUUCUGUUUAAACCUCCAGGUGGCUGUCUAUAUGUUGUUUACCUAUUGCAGCUCCACAAGAGCGCCACCUUUAAGGGGAAAACAAACAAAAAUGCAACCUCAGUGCAUGCCACAAACAUUUUACAUAGCAAGCAGGACAGCACCCAUCAAAGGAUUUACUGUGAAAUCAUUUUGCAAUCAACAUAGGCUUGAUCUCCACUCUUGACAGCAAGCAUGCACUUCCCGAGCAAUUACACACCAGUUUUUAGAAGCAAGGAGGGGGGAGGUGAAAUUGUACAUCAGGACUGUUUUUCAGCCUGUUUGCUACAGGGUUUGCAUUCUGGCCCACGAUGGUUUAAGAGAUCUUAGAAUAAAUGGGGGGAAAAAAAAAGGUAAAUACAUAACCUGGCUACUUUGACAAAAGAGAAGUCCUAAGUGUAGAACAUCACUAGGGGCACCAAAAGCCACAACAGAAACUGUGUUUACAAAUCCUUUCUUUUCACUCUUUGUGAGGGGAGUUAUUUACCAUAUAUAUUGUUUAUAUAUAUAUAUAUAUAUAAAGUAUAGAGAUUGUUUAUUUGUAAAUAGGAGAAACCCUCCAGAGAAGAAUGUUUUCACCCUUUCCAAACAAGACAGACUCAUCGACAUGAAGCCAUGGUUUAAUGCUUGUAUAAUGUACACAGCACAGCUUGAAAUAAACCAAGCGUCUGAAAGA